AUGAGUGCACGUGGUCGUAGUGGUGAUCGAAAAGAGGAUAAAAAACCUGAAGAAAAAUCGAAAAGUUUUGGCGCUCGAACUCAUGAUAUUGGUCCCAGUGGUAAACCAAAGCUGCAUUUCAUUCAAGCCAAAGGUCCGGCAGAUGCACGAGAGAGAGCAAGAGCAGCUAGUUCUGGUUCGUCAAACAGCGGCGGUCACAUACCCUACAAAGAUCCAGCUCAUAAGCCAGGCCAACAAACUCACUAUCAUCCCACGGAUGCGAAAGGCGAGAAAAAGGAAGGUGGUCUUCAUUUUUUAACUGGAGAUAAGAAAAAUCCAAAUUUGAAAUAG